UGGAUGGACGCGUGGAUCAGGUACAUGUGUCACACUGCAAAGUCAAUAUUAGUUUCUGAAGGUGGUUACGGGUUUCACCUGCGCAUCCUCACAACUUUAUCUCUAUGUGACGGCACCCAAGCUGUUGCAAUUUAGAAUAUCAGCCACUUGUCAUGUUAAUGAGGGCUAAAUAAAGCUGAGACAGAAAAUGGCCGGUGUGAAAGCUGCUGAGCUGAUCGUCAUCUGUUUCAUGCUGCUACAAGGCUUUGUGGCAGCUUUCAACUGCACCAGCCCAACUCCUGCCGCCCUGUUUGAUCAACUCGCAAAACAUUUGUUCUCUAACAAACUGCUGCGUCCCGUCGAAACCUUUGCAAAGCCAAUAAACAUAUCCAUCAGCAUAACAGUGGCAGGAAUUUUAGGAGUGGAUGAAAAAACCCAAACACUGUCUUCAGUCUUAUGGCAGGUCCUGGUAUGUCUUGAACAGCUCUCAGAACUAAAACAAUAAUGUCACAUUUCUUAUAUGAUUAUACUGACAUUUUGUAAAUUAUUUCUGUUGCAGCUGUUUGUAUUUUCAGCACAAUGAACCAAUCCAGAGCGAUUAUAAGAAUGAAUCAAAAUGUUUGGCCACUGAAUUAAUACAUAAAGAAUACAUUACUUGUUCUUUUAGAUUUCCUUAAGUCUGUAACAGUAAUUUCAAAUAUUUAUUAUCAGUUGGGAACUUUUUCUUAUAGUCUAACAUGACUUAAUACCAGAUGUUGUGUUUCCCUGUUUCAGCAGUUAACAUGAUAGCUGUAGUGCUGUGGAACAGUUUUGCUGUUGUUCUGUUUAAUGUA